AAGACACCACAAAGGGGCCACAAAGGCGGAGCUCCAGCUGGGCGGAUUCAGUAGGAGCAGGGCUGAUAGUAGCUGCUGUGUUCUCCACUGAGAGGCAUUCUUGUGCUGCUGACACCCAACGGACGCACUGGAGAUGCACAGUGGACACAGAGAACCUGCUGUUUUUCUCUUCCUUUGCCAGGCCCACUGUCUGAUGGGGAGAUGCUGGAGAGCUGGAAUGCCUCCUCCAACAGCCUGGAGGUGCGUGCUGCGGGCAUCAUCGUGCCAGUGGUCUUCUUCCUCAUCUUCCUCCUGGGCACAGUGGGGAAUGGGCUGGUGCUGGCUGUGCUGCUGCGCAAUGGCCAGGUGAAGUACAACACCACCAACCUGUUCAUCCUCAACCUGGCCAUGGCAGACCUCUGCUUUAUCAUCUGCUGCGUCCCUUUCCAAGCCACCAUCUACACACUGGACGGGUGGCUCUUUGGCCCCUUUGCCUGCAAGGCUGUGCACUUCCUCAUCUACCUCACCAUGUACGCCAGCAGCUUCACCCUGGCAGCCGUCUCUGUUGACAGAUACCUGGCCAUUCGUUACCCACUGAAAUCCCGGGAUCUCCGGACCUCCCGGAAUGCAGCGGUUGCCAUCAUAGUGAUCUGGACCCUGUCACUGCUUUUUGCAGGGCCCUACCUCAGCUACUACCAGAUUGUCCACUACCACGGGCUGCCCAUCUGUGUUCCCAUCUGGGAGGACCAACGCCGGAAGAUCCUGGACAUCCUCACCUUUGUGUUUGGGUACCUCCUGCCCGUGGUUGUUGUGAGCUUGGCCUAUGCCAGGACCAUCAAGUUCCUGUGGACCUCCCUAGACCCCAUCGAGAGAAUCUCAGAGUCCCGUAAGGCCAAGCGCAAGGUCACCAAGAUGAUUGUGGCUGUGGCCAUAAUCUUCUGCCUCUGCUGGCUGCCCCACCACCUGGUCAUCCUUUGCUUUUGGUUUGGCUACUUCCCCUUCAACCGAGCCACCUACGCCUGCCGCCUGGCCUCCCAUUGCCUAUCGUAUGCCAACUCCUGCCUCAACCCCAUCAUCUAUGCCCUCAUCUCCAAGCAUUUCCGCAAGAAGUUCAAGCAAGUCUUCACUUGCCUCCUCUUUCAGAACAAGAGCAGGAAGAAGAAGAGAGCUGGCAAUAAAGUCCACGUAACCAAUGUGGCCAGCAAUGCUGCUGGUGUGUAUGGAGGUAACACCGAGGUCACCCAGAUCCAGGAGGAAAAUGCCAGGUGCUGUCAGGGCCCGCUGCGGAAAGACGCUGAAGACACCCAUCUCCCUGAGGCAUGGACUCAUCAGCUACAGGAUGCCACUGUCUCUGCUCAGAGAAGACUGCUGGCUGAAGAAAGUUCGGUAACAACUGGCAAUCCACUGGCUGUGACCUCACCAGGGAGACCUCAGGGCCUGCUGAUCGUCCACUGAUAAUAUA